AUGUUUCAGGUAAGUACUUAUCGUCAUAAUAUGUACAUACAGUAUGAAUUAUGCUUAAAUUAGUACAACGUUCAGUAUGAGUUAUACUUAAUUUAGUAUUAGGCAUAAUAUUACUCAUAUUCAACAUAGUACUAUGUAUAGUAUGAUUUAUACUUGAUGUAGUACUAUAUAUACUAGGCCCUGUUUGUAAGUAACAUAUUGUGGUAGAGGCUUGUAGCUUGCAGUAAUGACUUCUUAUUUCAGUACCGUGUAAAUAUUUGGCUUGAGUACUAUGGUGAACUUCUUAAGCACGUUAUUAUCACCAACCCACCACGGUUUCUGGGCGCCGUAUUUAAGGUAUGAUAAGAUUGUUUAUUUUUAUAUAUCAGUGAAGUAAUAUAUUAUUCAUCUUUUACUGUUACAUAUCAUAAGUGUAAUGUUUAUGCUAAUUGGUUACCCAAAUAUUAAAGCCAAAGGUACUCAAAAUAAUAAUCAAUAAACAAUUUUUAGAUAAUGUCCCUAAUUCUACCCGAAAAAGUAAUGGAUAGGUUUACUUUUGCCCAAAACUCAACUGAACUGACCAAAAUCUUACACAUCAGUGCUAUUCCCAUCGAAUAUAAAGGUAGCAGAACAUUCCCUGAAGCUGAUUACAAAAAUGGAUGUUAUAAACCAAAAGAGGUCACUAAAGACGACUACCUGAUUGAUGGUUUAAUUUGGCAAGAAAAUCACAUUACUGGCAUAAAAUACGACAAUUUGAUGGUUAACAGCUCUGAAAGUUAUGUUAAGACAUUUGAUGUUAAGAAGGGACAAAAGUUGUUUUAUGAGUUUUCGACCAAUCGAGACUUUGAAUUUUGCGUUUUUACUGGUGAGUAUGACAGUUUUAAUGAGAUACAUCAUUUUAAACAACACAGCUUUUUAAAAAUAAGAAAAAACUAAGAAAACAUAUUACCAUGCCCUGCCACUUUCCCUGCUUCUACGAUGUCUAAAACCACCCGUCCAGUACUAAUCAAUACUUCUGCUACAAUAUUCAUUACUAGUCACUCCUGGUACUGCAAUAUCAAGUAUAUCAAGUACUAAUAACUGCUUUUACUAAAAUGUUAAAAAAUUUCAAAAAAAAUUUAAAAAUUCUAACAUUUCAGACCAAAGCCACUUUCUCCACCCCCGCUUUAAAAUGAUCACCCCUGUGCUGGCUGAAGAAGGUAUUGUUAUGGUUUUGGAUGAUGGAAAAGUCACUUUUGAAAUUAAAAAUCUGUCCAAAAUGAUGAAAAUGAAACUUAAAAUUGCUACUCAACUGAUGGACUAA